AUGCCGACCUACAUCAUCACAGGCGCCAACCGCGGCCUGGGCCUCGAAUUCGCGCGCCAGCUCACCACCACCGCACCCGGCCCUAACACCGUCCUCGCGUGCGUGCGCUCCCUGCAGAAGACCGAUCUGAGCGCCCUCAACCAGCUGUCCCGCCACAGCAGCAACAACUCCACUCUAACCAUCCACGAAUGCGACACGUCCUCAAUCCCGUCCAUCCACGCCUUCGCCGCCUCUCUGCCCGACGACACCAAAGUCGACCUCCUCAACAACGCCGGCAUCAAUUCCGUCCCGGAACAGGACUCGCUGAAUCUCACGGGCGAUGAACUGCAGCGGCACAUCGCCACUAACGUGCUUGGCCCAGCGGAGAUGGUCAAGGCGCUGCUGCCGUGGCUGAGUGCCGGCUCCGUCGUCUUCAACAUGUCGUCCGGCAUGGGCAGCUUGGGUCGGAGGAUCGUGGGUGAUGGCAAGGCCGUCUAUGCCAUCAGCAAAGCGGCGCUCAACAUGCUCAGUGUGCACCAGGCCAAAGAUCUGGAGGCCAAGGGCGUCAAGGUCAUUGUCAUGGACCCUGGAUGGGUCAAGACGGAUAUGGGAGGGCCACGGGCGGUGUUGGAGCAGGAGUACAGCAUCGGAAGUAUGUUGAAGGUGGUUGAGCAAGUGAAGGCAGAUGAUGCGUAUGUUGGUAAGGCGAAGUUCUUCCAGUAUGAUGGUAAAGAAGUGCUCUGGUGA